GUCUUGCAACUUCAGAUCCACAACCCACAGCCUCAAGCAAACAACGAAUUUCUUCACACCGCAAAACAAAAACUCUUGCAAUACAAUCAAAUAUGCACUCAUCCCCUCAUUCAUAAUUGAGAGAAGGAUAUCUGGAUAUCUGACCGCCUUGAGAUAAUUCAAUUUAUUGGUUCCAUUUCUUUUGUGAAUAGAGACUCCCACGGUGCACCCACCAUUCACCCAUGUGAUCUCCUCAUUCCAACUAGCUAUCCGCCUACCUAUCCACUUUCUUCGCCAUUAUACUUUUGCUUUGCGAUAUGAGAAGGAAAGAUUGAGAGGAGUGUCAUCUGAGCAGAGUAUUCUCAGGUAACAUGAACUUUUGGCCGCAGCAGUAACUCAAGAUGGAUCAAAGUAUACAACGUGCUCUAAAUGAUAAGCUUUAUGACAAGCGGAAAGUCGGCGCGUUAGAGUAAGUUUUGAAUAUCACUUCCUUCAAGCCUUAUUCGGACAUCUCUAUAUUUAAUAACAUACUGACGGAUAUCUACAGUCUUGAACGGGUUAUUCGUGAUCUUACUGCAGCCAAGGAGUUUGAUAGAAUCAAAAGGAUCAUUCAACAACUGUGUAACGAUUAUGCUUACGCCGUCCAUCAGCCGCAUGCCAGAAAUGGCGGUCUCAUUGGUCUAGCUGCUGCUGCUAUCGCAUUAGGUCCGGUAUGAUACAGACUCUUGUUGGUAGUACAUGCACCAAACUGACAUAUUUCAUAGGACCUUGCAAGAUACCUUGACGAAAUUGUGCCACCAGUCCUUGCCUGCUUCACAGAUCAAGAUGCUCGAGUAAGGUAUUAUGCCUGCGAAAGUAUGUACAAUAUUGCCAAAGUGGCAAAAGGUGAAGUUUUACCUUAUUUUAAUGACAUAUUCGACGCUUUAUGCAAGGCAAGUCAAAUUGUAGAAAUCCGUUAUAUCAACCGUCAAACUAACAGUGCUGAACAGCUAGGAGCAGACUCAGAACUCUCCGUAAAAAAUGGUGCAGAACUUCUGGAUCGUUUAAUAAAAGACAUAGUUUCCGAAUCUGCAGCUACCUACGUUUCAAUCCUACAUACUUCUGAUGAUUCCACGUCCGAAUCUAAUAAAGAGACUCUUGAGGAUUCCGAAGAUCUCCCUACAGCCUUCUCCCUAGUCCGUUUCAUACCUUUACUUAAAGAACGGAUUUACGUGAUAAACCCAUUCACGCGUACCUUUCUUGUGGGAUGGAUAACUUUACUGGAUUCUAUUCCAGAUUUAGAACUUGUCUCCUUCCUACCUGAAUUUCUCGGAGGGCUAUUCAAGUUUUUGAGUGAUCCGAAUCGAGAUGUUCACGUGGCUACUCAAGGUGCAAUUGAGAGAUUUCUCAGCGAGAUAAAACGAAUAUCACGCAUCAAGAAAGGAAUCGAAGAAAGUCGAAAAUCACGCAGCGAUACGAAACGGAAGCGAUCGGGUUCUAUGGACAGUGAGGGAUCAUUAGUACAAGAUUUAGGUGGAGACGACGACUCAAACAUGGAUUUAGAUGACAAGGACAUCAGCAGCGACGAUGAUUGGGUUCCCGGGCAGGAUGUUCACGUUAACCACAAAGCAAUUCUUGAAAUUCUUACGGCGAAUUUGGAUACUCCGUUAGGUAAGAUAUGGCAUUAAACCUUUUAACCCAAUUUGCUAACAUCAAUUAGAGGAGGACAGCCUACUUGAAUCACUAAGAUGGAUCGUGGAAUUUCUCGAUAUUUGCCCUGAAGAAGUUCUCCCAUUCGCCCCAAAAAUACUGGCUCAUUUGCUCCCGGCAAUGGCUAGUGGGGUCGAAACAAUACGGCAAGCCGCCGCCCGAGUUAACACAUCAUUAAUGGCUUAUGUUGUGUCACUAUCGGACGAGGGUACAGCAUCAGAGGUUCCAUCCUCGGCCCCAUCGAGAUUCCUCGCGAUGAAGGACUCUACUCCCAAAGAACGAAGAGAUUCUUCUGCCACAAACCGCGGCUCCUUGUCAGGGUCUCGUGAGCUUGAUAAAAGGGAGAUAGAAGUACAAACUCCCCCACCCCCAACCAGCAAAGCACAGACACCUCCUCCCCCAUAUCAGGCGCAUGUAGAUCUAGAUUAUGCAGCAGCGGUCAGUUCACUCACGCUGCUGUUUCUGAAUGAUCACGAAGUUACUAGAGUUGAAGCACUAAAUUGGCUACUCAUGCUACACAGAAAGGCCCCCAAAAAACUGCUUGCAUUUAAUGAUGGGAUAUUUCCUGCUCUUCUCAAAACACUCUCUGAUCCAUCUGAAGCCGUAGUUACCAAGGAUCUUCAACUAUUAUCUCAAAUAUCGAGAAAUAGUGAUGAUGACUACUUUACUUCUUUCAUGGUGAACUUACUUCAACUAUUUUCUACUGACAGGAAGCUCCUCGAAACUCGAGGAAACUUGAUUAUUAGGCAAUUAUGCAUCAAUUUAAGCGCGGAACGAAUUUACCGAACACUUGCGGAUUGCAUAGAAAAGGAAGAGGAUGUCGAAUUUGCUAGCAUCAUGGUCCAGAAUCUCAACAAUAAUCUCAUCACUGCACCCGAAUUAGCAGAUCUUAGAAAGAGGCUUCGAAAUAUCGAGAAUAGGGUUCGUGAUACUCAUCUACCUGGUUUUUCAUCUGCUGAUAUUCAUAUAGGACGGGCAAGCUUUCUUUGUUGCUCUUUUCAGGUCUUGGUGCUACAAUGCUGUAGCUACCUUCUCACUGUGUCUUUUAGGGCAAGCUUACGAGCAAGCAUAUAAUCUUCUUCAGAUAUUGUAUGCAUGAGCAGCUCGGAUUUGAAACGGUACUAACAUGAAUAGUGCCGAGCUCGAAAUGACAGUCAAUAUGCUCAUUCAAAUCGAUAAAUUGGUCCAAUUGCUAGAAUCUCCUGUCUUCACAUGUAAGAUGAUGACACUGGACCUAAAACUCCACUAACCACAUGUUUCAGACCUUCGACUUCAACUACUCGAGCCUGAAAAAUUCCCUCAUCUUUACAAAUGUCUUUACGGCCUUCUUAUGCUGCUUCCGCAAUCGUCGGCUUUUGCGGCAUUGAAGAAUAGAUUAAAUAGUGUUAGUGCGAUAGGUUAUCUGCACAUAGCACCUCGAGCGUACGUACCAUCUUCAUCUCGUAAUAACAGUGUAGUCGACGCGAUUUCUACCUUUGCUUUCCAUCAACGUCAGAAGAGUGGCACAGAGACUCAUAGUUCUUCUCCUUCAUUUAGCGUUCAGACGACUGCAGCGCCGUCAAAUUAUGACAGGAGUAGCAGAUUAAAAGGCAGGGAGGAAAGUGGUAUUAGGUGGGGAGAAUUACUGGACAAGUUCAGAAUUGUACAAGAGAGGGCUAGACGUGCAAGGAGGCCUGGUGGAGAUAUGGAUGAUGGAUUAAGCGGAUUUGAAUCGAGGAUGGAGAGCGGAGAAGGUAGGGGCUUUAAAGAUUCACCGAGAUUGUCAGGUCCAUCCCCAGUACCUAAGGAAGCGCCAAGUUCGACUCCGCCGGGGCCACAACACACGAAACCGAGGGGUGGUCUGGGUAAGUUUGGGAGGUUGGGGGGAGCAGUUGCGGGAAGUAGACCAAAGAGGUGAUGUAAGAUGAGUGAUUAUACGGAAUACGUACAGAUACCUAUACUUGGGGCGGAGGGGGCGUUUACCAGACCGAUAAUAUGAUGCGUUGAUUCAUUUCC